CAAGACAAACAAACAUGUCUUCCAAGAUAUGGACUGGGACUUAUUGUUCUUCACUUGUAUCAACACCGGCAACUAUCAUUUAGCCUUAAAAAUGGUGAGAGAGAGGAGCAAGCUAGCUUUUGCACGUGAUGAGAACGGAGAGACAGCUUUACAUCUCUUGGCUCAAAAUCAUAAGCCUUUGGAUUCUUGCUGUCAAAGUUCAGAACAUCAAGAUCCCAUCAUGAUCAACCCUGGCAUGAAACAAGAUGUUGUUCUUCAAUUGGUUAAGUUUCUGUGGACCACGAUCCUCUGCAAAGAAAACUCAAAGUCGGAGAUAUUAAGCCUCAUACGUGAACCUUGUCAACUAUUAUUUGAUGCUGCAGAAGUUGGUAAUUUUGGGUUCUUGUCAGAGCUUAUCAGUGCUUAUCCUAGCUUGAUAUGGGAAGUGGACAAAAGAAACCAUAGUAUAAUUCACACAGCUGUUUUGAAUCGUCAUGCUAGCAUCUUCAAUCUCAUACAUGAAAUAGGGUCCUCAAAGGAUAUUAUAGUGACAUAUAAAGGAAAACAUGACAAUACUUUGUUGCAUUUGGCUGCAAAAUUAGCACCACCAGGUCGACUUCAAUUAGUUUCUGGAGCAGCUUUCCAAAUGUGCCUCGAGAUAGUAUGGUUUGAGGAGGUGAAGAAGAUAAUGCCACCAUCUUUGAUAAAGAUGAAAAAUUGUGAAAGGUUAACUGCACGUGAAUUAUUCACAAGGGAGCAUGAAGAGUUGCGGAGAAAUGCAGAGUCUUGGAUGAAAAGCACUGCUGAGUCUUGUAUGCUUAUUUCAACAGUCAUUGCUACAGGAGUGUUCUCUGCUGCAAUUACCCUGCCAGGUGGAACCAAAGAUGACACCGGAAAAGCAAACUUUUUAGGGAAACAAUCGUUCCUGGUAUUUACAAUAUCAGAUGGAAUUGCACUUGUCUCAUCUACAACUGCAAUAUUUAUAUUCUUGUCUAUUCUCAUCUCACGUUAUGCAGAGUAUGACUUUUACAAGUCACUGCCCUUGAAGCUAAUAUGUGGACUCAUAACGCUUUUCAUCUCCAUAACAAGUAUGAUGAUAGCAUUUGGCAGUGCAUUCUUCAUGACCUACAACUAUGGUUUGAAGUGGGUUCCUAGAUUUAUUUCAGUGCUUGCGUGUCUACCUAUACUUCUAUUUAUAGUUCUGCAAUUUUCCCUAUGGUCAGAUAUCAUCUACUCAACCUACUAUUGUAAGACUCUGUUCAAGCCAGGUAAAAGAAUGAUUUAUGUACUUGAGCAAUAG